GAAAAGACAAGCUAUAUUCCAAGUAUAAAGAAUAUUUUGAAAGGGAUGGAAUUGUAAAGCAACGUGUUAUGGGAAAGUGGAUUUGCAUAAUAUCUGAUCCAGUGAUGUUAAAAGAUAUUUUAUUGAAUCCAGAUGUUUAUCCUAAAAUGAGCAUCGAAAAAAAAUAUCCAAAUACUCCACUUGCAGAAUACCUUGGGACUAAUGUGGCUUUCUCAACUGGUGAUGUUUGGAAAAGGCACAGACGUGUUUGCAAUUCUGCAUUCAAAUCUUUGCCAUUACAUCUUUUUGCAGAAGCUGCAUUAAAGAUGAUUAAUAUUUUAGAAACAAUUGAUAAUAAACCAAUAGAAAUUACAAGUAUGAUGCAAAGAUUUACUUUAGAUUUGCUUGGAAAAGUUGUUUUUGGUUUUGAUUUUAAUUGUCUAGAAAAUCCAAAUAAUGUUUAUGUAAAAGCAUAUCAUGAGGUUCAAAAUUCAGCAUUGCAUCCAUUAUCUUUUAUUUUUCCAAUUGAUCGUAUUCCAAUAAUAAAGCAACAAAGGCUUAAAAAAGUUGCUAAAAUAAAUGAUUUAUUUAAUAAUCUUAUUAAAGAGAAACAUAAAGAUUUAGCUGCUGGAAAGUCUUAUGGAGAUCUUUUAGAACAUAUGUUAAUUGCUAAUGAAAAUAGUGAUAAUCAAAUGUUAUCAGAUAAUGAACUAAGAUAUAAUAUAGCUAUUUUUAUGCUUGCUGGUCAUGAAACAACUGCAAUUGCUUUAUCAACGGUGUUAUAUCUAUUAUCAACUCAUAAAAAUGUUCAAGAAAAAGCUCGAGAAGAAGUAUUAAGAAUACUUGGUGACAAUUUAAUACCAUCAACUGAGGAACAAAAAUCAUUAAAAUAUUUAAAUAUGGUUAUUUAUGAAAAUCUCAGGUUAUAUCCACCAGCAAGUAUAAAUUUAUUCUUUAUUGCUCCAACUUUGGUACAUCGUGAAUUAAUCGAAGAUUUAAAAUUUAAAAAUUUUGUAAUUCCAGCUGGUACACUUAUUAGUCCAUUUUUAUACGGAAUGCAUCAUUCACCAAAAAUUUGGGAUAAUCCUGAAGAAUUUUUACCCGAGAGAUUUGAAAAUAAAUAUGAAAAUAGUGAAAAUUCUUUUUGGGUACCUUUUGGUGGCGGAGCUAGAAU